AUGGAUGGCCACGUGACACUCGAUCCCCAUUCCCAUUGGUCCCUAGACGAUCUUAACCGCGAGCUUGACUCAAUUCAGCGACGCACAGGUCCAGUCCCUGCCAAGCCCCGCUCGCGAAAUGCGGCGAAGGCCUCGCGUCGCCUCCAAACAGGAUCAAUAAGCACCGCCGUCGCCGCACCCGCCGCCUUUGGAGACGGCGCUUUUGGCGCUGUCCCCUGCUGGCCGGCAGACUCCGCGCGAUCUGCGGCGCGAUCCCCGGCGUGGAUUACGGCCGGUUCAGGAUCCGCAGGCAGCAGUUCCAGCAGCGAUGAGGAGCGGGAGGAGACGGGACACGGCGGAGGGUUGGGGGGAAACUUCUAUUCGCCUCCUAGUGCGCGCGCGGAAACGGGUAGCGCGGGGAAGGACAGGCGGAAAAGCUUGGGGAGCGGCGGAAAGAAGCCGCGGAAAGCGUCGUUCCACAUCAGCCUUAGCAGCAGCGACUCUAGUGGCUCGGACGGGGAGGGGGAGGGGGGGAGUGGGGAACGGGUUGGCGGAGAUGGGGGGAAGUGGAGGGGGAGUUUAGGCGGAAGGGGGAGUGCGCUAGACGCGGAGAGGCCAGUGGCGCGGCCUGUGAGGCGCGCGGAGGCGGAACUGGGGGAGGUGGAGCGGAAGGUUGCUGCUGAGGUGGAGGUGCGUGAAAGCUUCUGGAUCUUAGGAGGAGGUGAGGCAGCAGCGGGUGCGGCUGGAGGGGAGGCUGAUGGCGGAGCGGGAGAAGGGGCGGGCAGCCGUAGCAGCGGUGGAUGCUCAGUCUUGCUGUGUUUAUAUUCGAACCUCCUUCAUCCCCCCUCUCCCUCCCCAACCACCUCUGAUGCUCCCGUAUACCCAACUCAUCCCCUUCCACCCAGCUUCUCUUCCGCUCCCCCCUCCCCCAUCCCCUCUCCCCCCUCUUCUUUCCCACCUACUCCCUAA